GUAGUGCGGUGGCGGCGGGCAGGCUCCGGCCGCGGCCCCGCAGCUCCCCGUCGAGGCCUGCGGUUGCCGGCCGUCCCCGGCGCGAUGUCGGGCGGCGCGGCGGGCAUUCCUAAACCUCUCCCGUCCUCCGGGCCCAAAUCGCUGCGGGAGAUGCCGCAUCCUCUGGCCACCUCCAGCAGCGAGGAGAUGGGGCCGGCUCUCACCCCCAGCCCCGACCUGCUGCUGCCCCGCAGCAUCGCCGACAAGGAUCUCAGUCUACCCAAUGGCACACCAGUUGACACUUCUAGCCCAGCCUCCUCCUCAUCUCUUCUCAACAGACUGCAGCUGGAUGAUGACUUGGAUGGGGAAACAAAAGACUUGUUCGUUACUGUUGAUGAUCCCAAAAAGCACGUAUGCACAAUGGAGACUUACAUCACGUAUAGGGUUACAACAAAGACUACCCGAGCUGAAUUUGAUUUGCCAGAGUAUUCUGUUCGCCGGCGGUACCAAGACUUUGACUGGUUGAGAAACAAGCUGGAAGAGUCUCAGCCAACACAUCUCAUUCCCCCGCUUCCUGAGAAAUUUGUGGUGAAGGGUGUUGUUGAUCGCUUUUCUGAAGAGUUUGUGGAGACCAGGAGGAAAGCAUUAGACAAAUUCUUGAAGAGAAUAACUGAUCAUCCAGUGCUUUCUUUCAAUGAGCAUUUCAACGUAUUUCUCACAGCCAAGGAUCUUAAUGCAUACAAAAAGCAAGGAAUGGCAUUGCUGUCAAAGAUGGGGGAGUCAGUUAAAUAUGUCACAGGAGGUUACAAAUUAAGAAGUCGUCCACUGGAGUUUGCAGCCAUUGGAGAGUAUCUGGACACAUUCUCUCUAAAACUUGGUACCAUUGACAGGAUAGCACAACGGAUUAUCAAGGAACAGUUGGAAUACUUGGUGGAAUUACGAGAAUAUGGACCUAUUUAUUCAACCUGGGGCGGGCUGGAGGUUGAGCUGUCAGAGCCUCUGGAAGGGGUGUCUGCAUGCAUUGGAAACUGCUGCACAGCUCUUGAAGAACUUAGUGAAGAUAUGACAGAUGACUUCCUGCCGGUGCUUAGGGAAUAUAUACUGUAUUCUGAGUCAAUGAAGAAUGUGUUGAAGAAGAGAGACCAAGUUCAAGCAGAGUAUGAAGCAAAACUGGAAGCAGUAGCCUUGAAAAAAGAAGACCGUCCAAAGGUACCUACAGAUGUUGAGAAAUGUCAAGACCGAGUAGAAUGUUUUAACGCUGAUCUGAAAGCAGAUAUGGAGAGAUGGCAGAACAAUAAGCGACAAGACUUUAGGCAGCUACUCAUGGGAAUGGCAGAUAAAAACAUCCAGUACUACGAGAAGUGCCUUACAGCAUGGGAGUCAAUUAUACCACUAUUGCAAGACAAGCCAGAGACCAAAUAAGAAGUACCUUCAUGGACAGUCUAGCACUUCUGUGCUCAGUACCACUAGACAUACUGGAACUCUAUGAAGGUCUCUUUUUUUUUUUUUUUGUCAACUGAGAUGCCAGCUGUGCUCAGGCUGGAACAGACCCUCUGAAGACUAUUUGACUUUUUUCCUCAUUUUCUUUGUAAACUGGGGUAUGUUUCAUCUUUUUGAGGUAUCUUGAAUGGUUCCUUCUCUAUCCUAUGGAGUGACAUGGGGCUUAUAGUGAAAGUGCAUGGGGAUCUUGAUAAAACUUACCUCUUUAGCCUGGAAGGAACUGAUGAGUAGAACACUAAAAAGAUGAAAAUAAAACUCUACUGCAAGGUGCCAAAAUGACAUCUUUAUUACUAUUCUGUUUUGUUUGCUAAAAAUAUAAUUAUUUCCUAACCAACCCUUAUCUUUUUUUUUUUCCUUUUUUUUCUUUUUUUUUUUUCCUUUUUGAUGGAGAGGGGAAGACUGGAAGUGACUAUCUUCUGUUUUGCUACCACCUGUAUGCUCCCACCGGCUAAAAUGCCUUCUGGAGAGUUUCCUGUGUGGGAGUUGGGCUGGUCCUAGGCAGAGCGUACUGACACUACCUACAUAUAGCCUGUGAUACAAGCAUGAACUGUGUUUUUUUUGUGAGUGUAGCAUGCUGUUGGUUCAUACUAAAUAUCUUUGUUUACCUUGGUGAUUAUGAAGUAAUGUCAGUUGGCUGAAGUGUACUUGUGACCGAGUUGGGGAUCAAAAUCAUCCUGGGUGUCCAUGGGGAAUGGUGGAAGCAAGUGUGAGUUUUCGGUGUAUUUUUUCUAAAGCUCACUCUGAAAUUUGCAUGGUAGAAUUCUCUUGAUCCAUGCUUUGUUUUUUUUUUUUGUUUGUUUGUUUUGUUUGUUUGUUUUUUCUUUUCUCAUCUAGAGCCUCUUCAUUAAUAAUCAGUUAAGGUGCCUGCUGUGGUAAAGGUAGAAGUCUCUCCCUAUUUUUGUUUGUUUUGCAGUUGCAACUAAAAAGCCAAAAAUUGUCAAAUGCUUGCCCACAACAAGCAUCGUUGUGUGUAUGUGAAACUUGCCUUAAAUAGGUCAGUGAGGCUUAAUAGGUACACAUAGUGUCCAUGCCUAUCUCUACUGAACCUCAUGGCAAGUGUUUUAAGACCUCUUCUGGUACAGAUCUAUUUUUCAGUAGUUUCUUUUGGCCUUUAGCAAUGUAGCUGCUUCUGCAAGUCCCUUCUCUUUUCUCCUGCAGUCCAGCCUCAAGUAAAUGCCUGUUUCGUGUUGAUAGCCUUAGUACAAGGGAUGCUUCCAUGAUGAGUAUCAGAGUCGUGGUUUAACAGCAUGCAGAUAAACCCUCUGUCCAUUCAAAGUGAGGGGUCUUGGAGUUAAUAUCAGUGAAAUAUUGGGAUUUGGGAAAAAAAUGAUUGAGUGCUUACUGCUAGGCUUGAGUGAUUACUUGGUCUCUAGCAACAUUCUUGUAAAGAAUCUGAAGGGUAACUGGGUUUGUGCAACUUCUGUGUUCUCCUGCCAGGUACCAAUCUGAUUUGGACUCAUAAGCACCAAAUAUAUCUGACCCCCACCCCUGCAGUGGCUAUAGUGGCUGUAUAGCAACUUUCAAGAUGAGUUAUCAGUGCAAUGUGGUAGCUGUCAGGCUAAUGAGAUUAUACUCUCCAGAUGCAAAAGUCAAGUUUUUAAGACAUUUUAAGCAGUUUAAAGGGGUUUUCCAUUUUUGACUUAACCUCCAUUCGCAGUUCUGUGGUACUAAACAAGCUGCUUUCUGGUUUAAGCUCACAGUUUAUCAGCAUACUCUUAGGUGGAGUAACAUCUUGAGGUCAUUGUUGGGUUUGGAACAACUAACAAUGCCUGCUGUGCAAAGGAGUACUUGAAGAGAGUCUUGACGCAGUAACCUAGUGUCUUCCUUUGUCUUUCCCUUCUAAAGUAAGCACCUCUAAAUGCAUAAACUUUGUACAGUUUGACCCUCGGGGUUACAGUCAAUUCCUGUCUUCUCUGUUUCCCACAAACAGAUCAUCAUGCUUUUUUGGGCUGGUGCCUGUGUGGUAAAUGAAGAUUUUUAGUUGACUAUGAAACAUCAGUGGAAGUCAAGCAAAGCGAAAUUGGAAAUAAUGUUUAGAUAUUUCUUCCACCUCAUCAGGAGUGUGCAGGAUGAGUGGAAAGAAUGUAGUUGUUUUGCUGCAUUGAAUUCUGUCUGAUACCUUAUAACACUGGCAUUCUGUUCCCAUUCAGUGUUGUGCCAAACUGAGGUUGGGGCUCGGUUCUGGGGAAUUUAACAGUGGACAUAACAGCCAUUCAUAAGUGCAAGAGGCCAUGGGGAGUUCCACGUGAAGUCUGAGUAACUGUUACUGCUGGAGUGGUUCAAGAUAAGCUUAAACUUUCAUUAACCUGAUGCCACUGCUUGUGCAUCCUGGCUUCUAAACAACUACAUAGUCAAAGCAUAUUUUGAUUUCAGAUAAAUCCCAUUCUCAUUGAGCUGUUGAAAGGUAGGUGUGCCUUUCCUACACAGAGUGUGUGGCUCUGUAGCACCUACAAGCUAAUUUGGAGGAUAGGCUGUAACUUCAGGCCGUGAUCCUGGAUUUCUGUGGUACCAGGAUUUUUUUUAUGAUCUGGAAAAUGAAGACCUCUGACCCUGCAGGGGAGGUAAAACUUAACAUUCAGAAGAAAACCUGCUCUGCAAGAAUUGCUGCAGUGUAAGAAGAGUGUGUAGUGAUGGAACUCUUAGCUCUUGUGGACUACUACCAGAGGCUCUAUGAAAGGAAGAGCUGUUAUUGUAAACCACUGGGUAGCUGUGGGAGGAGCUGUGAAGUUUGGGGAAGCAGUGCAAGCAGGGAGAACUCCAAAAUAGCAGGAAACUCCUUAAAGAUGUACUUUGCUUAUUUCACUCCGGUUAGUGAGAGGUUGAGAUCUGAACUGUUAGUCAAAGUGGCAUGGCCUGUAAUCCUUUAUAUGAUGGAUAUAUCUCUCUUAGGAGGACCCAAACCCUAAUAGUGGAAAAAAUGAGAUGCUGGGAAAGGGAAGCUGGAGUAGGACAGGAGCUUAGUCUUUGAGUAACUUCCUGAGUGUUCAUUCACUUAUGGUCGCCUUCUGUGCUUGCACUGAAAUGGUGUCAAAAGUGGCUGCACCCGUUCAGUGAGCCCACAUAAGAUGAGUCCUUCUCAACAGCCCUUAGGUUGGCCCAGCUUCCUUUGUAAUCUGCAGCCAGACCAAGACGUGUCUCAGAGGAUAUAAUAUUCACUGCUGUUGUGGUUACUCCUGCAUAACCUCUAGAAUGUUUGUUCCUUCUCUCAACUGGCACCAGCACAAUAAAGCAAGCACUGAGAUAUUGUUUUCUGUACUCAGUAAGGAGCCAUGCAUUGUUCAUACAUGUUUUUAUCAGGUACUGACUCUUGCAAUAAACAAUUGUUGAAACAUCUCAUGGCUUUUUCAGGUAUCCAUUGAAAAACAAUGUUGGUGUUAGCUGUUCAGUCAUAAAUGUUAUCAAAGAAUAAACUGUGGAUUCUUCA